AACACUAUAUAAGGCUGGGAUUAACACAGAAACUACAAAGUUUAGAUACACAGACUGACAGUCACAGAAUGGAGAUGACUAUGUUUAUUCCACUGCUGCUGCUGAUCUGCUCUUUCUCCACGGCUCAGCUUCAAGAGGAGCCUGACAAUGAAAUUAUUCCACAUGGAAAACAGACUGAAUCCAGAGGAGGAGAACCAGCAAAUGCCUCUCAUCAACAACCAGCCUGUCCACAAGACAUUCAUGCUGUACUGAGAGAGAUGACUGCCUUGUUGACUGAACAGAGGGUGGAGAUCAGUCACUUACAGAGAGAUAAUGAAGCACAGGCAACAAAGCUGGAGGGACAAAAGACUGAGGUGGACAACUUGAAGCAGGAGAUCAAUCACUUACAGAUAAAUAAUGAAGCACAGACAGCAAAGCUGACGACUGAAGUGGACAAUUUGAAGCAACAGCUACAAGCCAAACAGGUGGCUUUCUCUGCCUCUCUGUUGGCUUCAGGCUCAGGAUAUGUCGGACCGUUUAACACACAGACUCAUCUGGUCUUCAGACGUGUUGUGACAAACAUUGGAAACGCCUACAACCCAAACACAGGGUUUUUCAUUGCACCAGUGAGAGGAGCCUACCACUUCGAGCUCUACAUAAGUGCAUAUGGACAUAAUUCACAUAGUUCAGCUGCUGUGUUGGUCAAGAAUGGAGAGCAUAUUUGUAUGGCAUGUGAACAUCAAACUAACGGUUUUGGGACUUCUGCCAAUGGUGCCACACUGCUUCUAGAGGCUGGAGAUGUUGUGUUUUUGCGUCUGUGGCAAAACACAAGGAUAUAUGACAAUGGGAAUCACCACAGCACUUUCAGUGGUCAUCUGCUUUUCACCAUGUGAGAAAGAAACAGUCCUUUUUCUUCACACACUGUAGCAGUGUACCAGUCUUUGUUGAUAGAAGCUGUUUCAAUGAGAAUACAUUCGUGAAUUUUUCAUCUGCUUCUGGAUUUGCAUCAAAAUAUACAGACAUAAACUGUGAUGAGGAAGAUGUUUUCAUUUGAUUAAGGAAGUUCAGUAAUACAUGAGAAAUCGUGAUACUGAUCAAAAAUCCCUUAUUUCACAAUGUUAAUAAAUAAUAGAAAAAUUGUGUAUCUUCAGCUGGAUUCACAUCAGUGACACUACUGUUAUUCCUCUUUGUUCUUUGCUCCAUCUCACCUUUACUGUCUGAUUUCUUUACACCAUGUUUUACUUUGUUCUAUAGAAAUGUAGAUGCUCAUGUUAAUGUUAAAG